GUUGUUGGAAAUUCCUGUUUUAUGUUCGUUACCCUCGCGGUUUUCGUCAAUCCCUUUUGUCCUCGGCAAGGCAGCGGCCAGUCUAGAAAACUAUAUUUGCGUUUAUAAAGCUAACUUAACCAAAGUAGCCAGAACACAACAUAAAGGAGUGCGGGAGUGGGACCUCAAAAGAUUAUAAACAAGCAAGACAACGCAGAAAAAUAUGGCUGCUCUUAGUGAAGAUUUGCUCGUGACCGUCAACAAGUUACAAGACUUAGUCUUCAAUACAAUUGGGAACGACUCUCUUGAUCUCCCGCAAAUUGUUGUAGUUGGUUCGCAGUCAUCGGGCAAGUCGUCGGUACUUGAGAAUAUCGUCGGUCGAGACUUCCUUCCCCGAGGAAGCGGCAUUGUCACAAGGCGACCUUUGAUUCUCCAGCUCAUAAACGUUCCUAGUGAGCGUGAGGACAAACCCGAAGGACAUGAUAUCCAUAUCCCGCACACGGCUGCCAGUGUGGCAGGACAGCAUGAAUGGGCAGAAUUCCACCAUCUCCCUGGCCGGAAAUUCGAAGAUUUUGCUCAAGUAAAGCAGGAGAUCGAGGCUGAAACCGCGAGAAUAGCCGGAAGCAACAAAGGCAUCAACAGACAACCUAUAAACCUCAAGAUCUUUUCCCCUCAUGUGUUGAACCUCACGAUGGUUGACCUCCCUGGUCUAACUAAAGUUCCGAUCGGAGAUCAACCGUCAGAUAUAGAAAAGCAAACGCGCGCUCUGAUUCUAGAGUAUAUCGCGAAACCCAACAGCAUUAUCCUUGCGGUCUCCCCGGCGAACGUUGAUCUUGUGAACUCAGAAGCGCUGAAACUCGCUCGACAAGUGGAUGCCAUGGGGCGAAGGACAAUCGGUGUCUUGACGAAGCUGGACCUCAUGGAUCACGGCACGAAUGCGAUGGACAUACUGUCUGGGCGUGUUUAUCCAUUGAAGCUGGGUUUUAUCGGGGUUGUCAACCGCUCCCAGCAAGACAUCCAGUCUGGAAAGUCGUUGUCGGAUGCACUGCAAGCAGAAGUUGACUUCUUCCGACACCAUCCUGCUUAUCGAAACAUGGCGACUCGCUGCGGAACCCACUUUCUGGCAAAGACCCUGAAUUCCACUCUAAUGUCCCACAUUCGAGAUCGCCUGCCGGACAUCAAAGCGCGUCUUAAUACUCUCAUGGGCCAAACACAACAAGAACUGGCCAGCUACGGUAAUAAGCAAUUCAGUGGGAAGGAGCACCGCGGGUCCCUUAUAUUGCAGCUGAUGACGCGUUUCGCUUCUUCUUUCAUAUCUUCGAUUGACGGAACCUCAUCCGAGAUUUCUACGAAAGAAUUAUGUGGAGGGGCCAGAAUUUACUACAUCUUCAAUUCAGUCUUCGGCAACUCCUUGGAAACAAUUGACCCGACUUUCAAUCUCUCCGUGGGCGAUAUCAGAACUGCUAUCCGAAACUCGACCGGGCCCCGUCCAAGUUUAUUCGUUCCAGAGCUGGCAUUCGAUUUACUCGUGAAGCCCCAGAUUAAAAUGUUAGAGUCUCCUAGUCAGAGAUGCGUUGAACUUGUAUAUGAAGAGCUCAUCAAAAUAUGCCAUACCUGUGGAUCUCAAGAACUUUUGCGCUUCCCUCGUCUUCAAGGGAAACUCAUCGAAGUGGUAUCAGACCUUCUCCGUGAGCGUUUGGGCCCUUGCUCAACAUACGUCGAGUCAUUGAUCUCGAUUCAAAGAGCAUAUAUAAAUACUAACCACCCCAACUUCCUUGGGGCAGCAGCAGCGAUGUCUUCUAUUAUUCAGAACAAGCAGGACCAGGAAAGGAAGGCAGCGCUUGCAGAGGACAGGAAAAAGCGCGAGAAAAGACGCCUUAAAGAAAUCGGCGGUGUCAAUGGUAACCAAGCAGGUUCCCCUGAGGACGAGGGUGAAUAUCAACAGUCCGAACAAAAGGCACAAAACAUACCUUUCCGAGGACAGUCCGCAAAGGGAGCCCGGAGUAUGUCCCCCCACAUUGGUAAGGGGCAAGAAAGUGGAAUUACAGCAACGUUGAACGGCCCCCACUCCGUCGGGCAGUCUGCAUUCGGGGCUACCAAUACCACUCGCGAUUCGUUCCUCAAUUAUUUCUUUGGCAAGGAUGGCGUGCAGACCUCUGGACCACCUCCCCAGCCUCCAAGCCAAGCCAGACAGCUUAAUCACCCCAGUGAUCCCACCGUCAGUCAAAGCAUCCGACGGGGUGAUAUUCGCUCCCCCGUGCUGUCGCCGGAGGAAUUCAUCAAUCCACCAGAUUAUGGGAACGACCUUACCUCCCUUGAGAACCCAGAGCCGGCUGUAUCCGAUCGUGAAAUGCUGGAGACAGAGCUUAUCCGGCGGUUGAUAUCUUCCUAUUUCGAUAUAGUCAGGGAGACUAUCGCCGAUCAAGUUCCCAAGGCCAUCAUGCACCUUCUUGUCAACCACAGUAAGGAUGUUGUGCAAAACCGUCUUGUUAGUGAGCUUUAUAAGGAGGAUCUCUUCGCCGAACUGCUGUACGAAGAUGAUGGCAUCAAGGCAGAAAGGGAGAAGUGUGAGAGACUCCUAGAAACCUACAAGGAGGCGGCGAAAAUCGUCGGCGAAGUCUUGUAAGAUACGAUGCUCUUGCUGUGUCCAUUCGCUACAGGGCGGUUGGACAUUUCGGUUAACACAAGGAGUUCGAAAAUGUGUUCUUGUUCCUGUACAUUAAAGUAUAGAUCUUGAACUUGGAAGAAGAGGGAUAUGUUUGUACUUAUAUUUCCU